AAUGACAUGAAAGAAUGGCCAGUUUCGAAACAGGUGGAGGAAUUUCUAUUGAAGUGUCAAGCGCACAAGGACCACAAAAUUGAAAUGUUAUGUGAUGACCACAGUCAGUUGUGCUGCACAAAGUGUGCCUUCAAUGAUCACAGCCAGUGCAGUAAAGUGACUCCAAUUAAUGAGCUGACAAACACGCAGCCCACAGACCUACAGGGACUGUCAGUUGAGCUCGAAACUGUUCUGGGUGAAAUCAAAAGCCUUCAGAUCAGUCAGGAGGCCAGCGUUGAGUCAUUGCAGAAAACAUACAAGGAACAUAGGGCAGAUAUGAUCGAACAAAUGCGUGGCAAUGUAAACACUAAUUUGGAUAAGUGUGGUUAUAAUUGUGUGGGCACAUCGGGAAAAAUUGAGCAAUAUUUAAAAGAUGACAUGUGUAGGAGUGUUCUUUCUAUCUUGAAUGAAUUUGACAAUAUUACUUUGAAGGAACUAAAUGAGAUGAAAGAUGAAGUUAUAAGCAUUAAAGGGUCAGUUACAAGUUCUAUUCAUAAAUGCACCAGUCUUCACAGUGACUUGUUACAAUUACUUGAAAUCGUUCAGAAAAUUGGAGAUAAUAAGGAGCUCUGUCUUAUAGCCAGCAUAAAAUGUAAACAUAUCAUACAGCAGGCAUUGACUCUGCUUGGAAAGUCAGGCAAGAUGUUUAAGGUCCAGGGGAAGUCUGAGCACAAUGUGAGAAUAACAAGUGAUUCAAACACAUGCUGGAUCACAGCUAUAUGUGCUCUCCCAGAUGGGCAGGUCCUGGUUGCAGACUUCAAUAAUAAUAAAGUCAAGCUGCUGAACCAGCAGUACCAGGUGGUGAGUCACUGGGAUGUGAAUGCUAGGCCAUUUGACAUUUGUUUGAUCACACCCAGUGAGGUUGCAGUGGCUUUGAAUAAUGGCAACAUACAUGAGGUCCAGUUUAUCACUGUCAACCAGGGAAAGCUUGUUUCUGGCAGGAAGUUUCAGUUACAACAUGAAUGUAGAGGUAUUUGCCAUCACCAAGGAGACCUUUUUGUCGCCUUUGGUCAAGAACUGUACAAAUACACACUGAGUGGCAAACUGAUCUGCAGACUCUAUGAACAUAGGUCAUUCAAAUAUACAGGAAAUUCUGAGCACAUCGAGAUUUCAUGUGCUGUUCUCAACUUCCGCUAUGUCCGUGUCGAGUUUCCCACACUUGCAUCUGAGUAG